UGAAAUAAAAAACAGUCAUUUAUGGCAAAUUAAACUCUCUUAUGAAAGAAAAUGGAUAAAGAAAAAUAGUAUACAGAAUUGUACGGAAUGUAAAGUCGUAAAUCUUUAGAACAAACAUAUUUUAGGAUAGUAUUUUCGUUUAUCUGCCGAUUAUACAUUUGUAUAUAGGUUUAGUUUAACAAUUUUUAUCAUAUAUUAAUGAACAACACUGUUUUCUUUGAUGUAUGAAUAAAUGUAUAAAGUACUUGAUACUUAUAGUUUAACAGUUGAAGUUUCUGGUAAAUUUAAACAACAAUGGCAAAUAGUUAUGCCAGUUGAAAAUAAAAGGAACAUCAAGGAGGACAUUUUUAUGGAACGGUAAACGUUUAAAUGUGUAAAGAAAAAAAUCGACUGUAAUAAAAGUGGUUGAAAUCGGAAUAAUUGAAUAACGAGUUUAACAUUUAUUAGUGUCCUCGUGGGAACUGUGAUUAGCAAGAAAACUCGAAUACACUGAAAGGUGAAAAGAUAUUAUGACAAACAUAAUUAGAAAGCGGUAUUUCAGUAAGAUACUGCGAAUUCGUAUAAAUAAAAACAAUUAUAAAGUAUCACUUUUUGUGACUGCGUUUCUUUUUAUAAUUUAUGUUAGAUCAAGAAUAGAUAUUACUACUCAAGCUAUAAAUAAAGAACGAUUGCAAAAAGUAAAACGACCGAAACAAAUUGGACCGGAAACAUUUGGACCGGAAGCUUAUGGGAAUUAUACAAUUCAAAUGGCGCCAAAUUUAGAGAAACUCAUCAACUGGACAAACCCAAGAUAUCCAUAUAACGUGACGUACUUGAUUGAGAAUCCAGAUUUAUGUACAUCCGUUAAAGAUGAUUUAAGUGUUCUUGUUGUGGUAAAUUCAGGGACUGAGCACUUUGACAGAAGACUAGCUAUCAGAAAAACAUGGACCAAUAACAAAUAUUAUUCUCAUUUGGGCACCGUCAGAGUUUUAUUCCUUUUAGGGAUGACCGCUAACCCAUUAGUUCAAGAAGGUAUAGAAGAAGAAGCUGAAGCUUUUAGGGACAUCUUACAAGGUGACUUUAUUGAUACUUAUUUGAACCUUACACACAAAGGUGUCAUGGGUUUUAAGUGGAUAACUGAACGCUGUCGAAACGCUAAAAUGAUAAUGAAAGUUGACGACGAUUUUGUUAUAAAUAUGUUUCUCUAUUUUCAAAAAGUUGACACAGUCUUGCAAUCUAUAAACGUUUUCUGUGAACUGAUUGAAGGAAGAGUUCAGAGAAACAAAACAAGCAAAUGGUUUGUGAGUGAAGAUCAUUUCAGAGGUGAAGCUCGUUAUGAAAGAUAUUGCGAAGGCAAGUUUGUUAGUAUGACAAAUGACAUAAUACCAUCGUUAUAUGAGUCUGCUAUGAGAACUCCAUUCUUUCCUUAUGAUGAUGUGUUAUUAUUUGGCUAUGUUAUGCAUAAUAUACCAGGGUUAAAGUAUAGAUCUGAAACUGAGUGCAUGGCACCUAAGAACGACGAGGCUAUGAAAUGUCUACGGGAACAGAACAGUAAAUGUGACAAUUUAGUUAUAGCCACAAAUGACGUUUUUGAAAUGGAAACAGCAUGGGCAGCUAUUUUAGAAAAUUUUGGUACUUAAACCGAUUAGAUUUAUUGUGUAAUGUUAUAUAGAAAUGUCAUCUUUAUAUUUUUGUGGUGUUAGCUAGACGUUUACAACGGUAUAUCAUUAGCCAAUCAUUUAAAUUGAUCAAUUGAAAUAAUUAUCCACAGGGAUAUCUUUCAUAAAAAAUAGUUAUCAAUUUGCAUGUGUUUGUUUAUGAUUAUUCAUCUUAAAGAUAGGCAGAUAUUAUAUGUAUUAAUUUUACAAAAAUAAUUUUUCUUGCUGAUAUUAUCUGACAAUAAAAACAGACAA